AUGGGUUGGCAUGGUGUUAUAUUUGCAGCCUUAGGGGAUAAUUUGGUGCUUCACUUGUGUUUUUUGGCGCUGCUCACUUCACCAGGCUAUGCUGCUCUUGUUUCGCAGACUUUCAUGGUUUCAGUGAGGUCUCCUAUCUCAGUCCAGCAAGGCCAAACAGCCAUCUUACCCUGCUGGCGCAGUUCCUCUCAGAGUGCAGAAGAUCUAGAGGUGCGCUGGUAUUUGGGCAGUGAUGGAUUUGAUACUCCAGUCAUGCUUUAUAAGGGAAAAGCUUUUGACCACACAUCUCAGAAAGCUUCAUACGCUGGCCGAGUCUCAUUUGGCUUAAAGGAAGGAACAUCAGGAGGGUUAAAGUCAGGUGAUGUCAGCCUGAAGCUGGAAAACACCAUGAUUGAAGACACAGGAACCUACACUUGCUUUCUCAGCAGCUCUGAGGAAUAUGACAGUGCUGCUGUUAGUCUGACAGUGACAGAAACUGGACGUCAUCCUCUCCUUUCAGCAGUGAUUAAAGACGAUAAAAAUGUUAAUAUAAGCUGUGAAUCUGAAGGCUGGUAUCCAAAGCCUGAGCUGCACUGGUCAGAUGGGAAAGAAGCUCUCACUCCUGGUGAUGUGCUGUUUGACAAAACCUCUGCAGGGCUUUAUUCACUCCACAGUUGGCUCCUCCUCCCCAGUAUGUCUGAGGUCUCCUGCUCUGUUGGGCUUCCCAAUGAAAUGCCAAAGGAGGCCAGAAUAAAAAUGUCUACUAAGAUGUUUGCUUUUCCUGGAUCCUCCCCAGCUGGAUGGGUGGCCUUUGGGAUACUUCUAGCAGCUGUACUUGCAUUAGCUGCUGGUGGAGCACUGUACUUCACAAAGAAAGGAGGAAAACGCAUGAGCAGUCCUGAAGAAAUUGAAUCCCUUAUGUGUGAAGAUUUUCUGCCAACUGCUCUAUCAGAGGCUUCCAAACACUAUGUGAAUGUUCAACUGAUGGACACAGGAAACCAGCUAAUUAAAAUGAGUGGUUCUUUAUUGAGAGAUAAUCAAGUAGAGUUUCCAGAUGGAGACAGAGUUACCUGUCUCACAGCAGUCAGAGGAUCACCUGGCUUCUCCUCUGGACGACACUACUGGGAGAUUUCCUUAGGUAGAACCUGGAUGUCACCUAAGAGGUCCUGGUGGAUCGGAGUUACAGAUAGACAAGAAAUCCCUAAAGAUCAAAGUUUGUGUCCAACUGCAACAAAUGGUUUCUGGUUCCUUUCUUCUUGUCCUGAUAAAGAAAAUAGUGUUCAGUUUAAUAGUGAACCACAGAUAUAUUUUCCUGUUCAGUCAAGACUAGAAACAGUCGGUGUUUAUUUAGACUAUGACAAUGGAGAGCUCUUCUUUUAUAAUGUGGAAGAGAAAUCUCUGAUUGGAACUUUGGCAACCAAAUUUUCAGGGGAACUGUUCCCACUUUUUAACCCCGGGAAAGGUGAUAAAUUACCUAUGGUAAUAAUACAGAGACCUGAGCAGGAUCAGUCACCUAUGACUUAG